GGUGGUGGGGGGAGGGCUGAUGAGCCAGCGCGAUUGCCCAGCCCGGCCUUGGACAGGAGGCCUGAUAAGAACCAUUCGCCCGCACGUAGGCUCACGUCUCUGCCGUUGACAUGGGGGCAGUGGUAUUGGCCUGGGGGAAGGGCCCGGUGCUGGGGAGGCCUGUUGGGGGCCCGGUUGGGUUUCCCCCUCUGUGGCCUCCUAGGGAGAGGCCUGGGCGGGCAGUUGACCUACCUGGGCUCCCCAUCUGGAGAGGGAGGGGUCGAUGGCAGCCUCGGGUUUCGGGGAACUACAUGUGGCCCCGCAUGGGACCGUGUGGGUGGGCUGGGGAGCAGGGCCUCGACCUCUGGCCUCUGGGACUUUGGCCUCUGAGUGCGGGGUCUGGAUGGGAGGUGGGGGCAGGGCUUGCAAACCCCCAGGAGGCUUGGGGGUGGGGCCACCUCUGGCCCAGUUUCCUGGGAGCCCAGCCCAGCCCCGAGAUUCCUGCGAUGGGUGUGCCCAACUUCCGGCCGGGUGUGGGCGGGCACAGGGGUCCUGGAGGCAAAAAGGCCGUUCCCGCCCUGCCCGCCGCCAGAGCCUGCUGGUGCGCGCCACGGAGAACUUGCUGGGACGAGGACUCCCUCCCAGCGCCAUGUGCGAGGUCCAGAACCAGCCACGUGGCGAGAGUGAAACUGACCUGCCCGCCCGACCAUCCCUGCCUGUUCCCCCAAAAGCCAGCCGUCCACAGCGGGCGGGAGUCGUGGUGGGGGUGGCGGGGGCAUCUCAUCACCGUCAAGUGCGACGGCCGUGGUUUUGCUGGUGCAGAUCCUGCCCUUGUCCGUGACCAGCCUGGCCCAGCGGAGCCUGAGGAUGUGGCUCAUCCCAAAGCCCCCCAGAAAGGGGGACCCGUCACGGCCUGCGGGAGGCCCCGCUGCACUGCCCGGCCCAGAGAGAGGACGGGAGAAAGACAUUGACUGGCUGCCUCCUGCAUGCCCUGCGGUGGACGGAGCCCGAACCCUGGGCAUUGCCCUGACGGGACGGAACCAGCGACCUGCUGCAUGGACGCCGCCCGCCGAGCGAGCCGCAUGCACGCCUUUUGCCGCGUGAUGGCCUCCCUGUCCUGAUGGGGUGACCCAGUGCCUAGAUGACUUUCCCAAACACCACUCUGCACUCACCCUCUCUCAGUCCAACCCCCCUACCGUCCUCUCCCUUCUUCCCUCACCCCUCUCCCUCCCGCAUCUCCCCCCUC